CAGCUUCAACCUGAAUAAACACAUGUCGGUGUAUUUUCAAUCAGCCUCCCGUCCUUGUUAUCCUGACUUUCCUUCCUCAAUAACAUCCUGCAACCGCAUUGGCAGUCACUAACCUGCGUCAAUGGGCCGUCAAGUGCCUUCCCACCAUGUCCGGCGCCGUCGUAAUUCUUUCGUCCUCUCCUCCGCGAACAUUCGCCCGUUCUCCCACUCCUGCCGACGCUCUAUCUCCAUUGAGGUCGCCAUGUGGCUUGUCGAUAACUGAAGGAAUCACCUCGAAAAAGUUCAAGGACUCGAGACAGGUUAGAGAUGGAUUCUCUCGCGGCUUCAGCAGCGCACGUGCCCUGCUCGCCGCAAAGGUCGGCGCGGAGAAUAUCCCUCUUCCGUCUCUUCGAAAAGAUGGAUUCAAGCCGAAAUCCCUACAGCGACCCGAAGAGCUUGCCGGAAACACCCUUAAGGAGGCAAGGGGUGGGCCAAAGAACGAAGAAGCAUCGGUGGAGGAGCGAUCUAAGCACUUCAAGUUCUUAGAGUCGCUUGAUCCAGUGCCAAAUCCACGCAAAAGAGACCGUCAGGCGAUCAAAUCAGGCAAUUUGGAAGCUUCAGAGACAGAAUUGAAGCAUCCCGGAGAAGAGCACUCCUUCAACACCAGCCGGCAUUCGAGCCCCCUCUCACUGGAGAAGGCCAUACCAAGGCGUUUGGAUUGGACACCUGUCAAGCCGAGCGCAAAUGGUUUGGAGGCACCGUAUUCUGAGGAUCGAACCGAUGGGUUUAUCAAUGAUCUAAUGGAUUUUUAUGCCUUUGACCCUUUUGCGACAACGGCUAUUGAGACAACCGCGGCAAAUGACACCAACGAAGCGCCGCUAAGUAGAAGAAGGAUUGAGCUUGUCAUGACGGCUGAGGCAAAACCUUCAUCAUCCACAUGCCAACCGAGAUCAUGUGGAAAUCUUGUGAAAGAUGGGAUCGACGGAAAGGCAAAACCUGCCCCCAAAAAGCCUCUCACGAUCACAGGAUUGGCAACGUCGAAUUACAGCGAUGGCCGCCAGAAAAAAACAAAGCUUCCACCCAUGCUGGAAUAUCUUACCGCGACACAAAUGGGUGCAGGGAUUGAAUUAGACCCGGUCGUCGACGUGAGUACGAAGGCUUUGAAAUCAAAAACUUCAAGCAAGAAAGCACGGGUGCCCAAGAAAGCACCAGCCAAGAGUCGAUUGAAAUCUCCAACAUCCGCAAUAAAGACCACUCUGGAGCAGCCGUUUCUCUUUGGUCCAGCAAGUCAAUUAGCUCGCGAUGAAUCGCCUACGCUGACCCGGGAUACCCUGGAAGCACUGAGGCGCUCUGAAUGCUUUUCUUCUGAUCCCAUCUCACCACCUUCGACGCAGCCCGUUUCGACCGAGCCCACGUCACCCAACGUCUGUCGCGGUACGAGUCGGUUUGUCAAAAGAAGGAACUUGUGGGGUGCGGCUGGCCGAGACGAAGAUAAUGCAUUGCUGCAAGUCGACACGGUUGACCUUACUGAUUCCCCUGCUGUGCGCCUAGCCCUUGCAGGGAAAGACGUCCUUGUGCAGCCUAUCGACCGGAACUAUCAAGAAACAACCACUUCGAAUAAUGGCCCUUCGAGGCCUGUGCGACCGCCAAUUCCCUAUGCUACAGAACCCGCACCGCUGGUCGAUAUCGAUGAUAUUGUUACGCCUAGACUUCGCAAAUCUGUCAAGACACCUAUAAAAGCACGACCCAGGCUAUAUCAUACGUCUCGGACGCUUAACCAGCCGCAUCAGGGAGCCGAUGCCCCUGACCGAGACGACGAGCAGCAAUCUGAAUCAAAGAGCGUGGCGCCGGAUCCAAAGCCAACGAUGCCGUCGUACGGGGGGUUUUCCGAUCACGAACUUAAGAAACAAAUAUCGUCGUUCGGCUUCAAGGCUGUUAAGAAGCGAGAGGCGAUGAUUGAGCUUCUCGAGCGAUGCUGGGAGAGCAAACACGGUUUGCAGCAAGGACAUGACGAUGAAAGUGCCACGAGCCAUGCAAUGACACACGCCGAUUUACUAAGUAAAAUUCAUGAUGUCUCCAUGAGACCAGUUCCAAAAGUCAAGAAGCCUCGCGCCAAACGAAAAUCCGAAUCUGGGGACACAAAUAUUGCCAAGGAGCCGAAGAAGAGGAAAAAGGCGGCGACUACAUCGAACGACCCUGCACCAAAAAAAGGGAAAGGCUCCCGGAAGCGCACUUCAAAGGCGCUCUCGGACGAGAAAAUUGUGGAUGUUGAUGAUCUGGGCGGUUCUUCUAAUCGAAAUAUUGAAGAGAGCCAGAACCUGGAACGUUCCACUGUGCAAAAUAACGCGAAAUCUAUGGGACCCCAGCCUGGACAUGCAGCCCAGAGACUCGUUACACCACCAUCGACGGUGCCGCGACUGGAAUGCACACCUUCGCAAGCACGUGAAUCUUCCCGUGCCCAGAGUGCGGCCCUGGUUUCGAGACUGGACAGUCCCGCGGUUGGAGGUCCUGGUCUCACGCCCCAGCAGACUCCUAUACCGGAUAUCUUGUCACAGAUUCAUGCUGCUAUCUAUCGCCUUCCAGAAGCGCAAUCUGUGAACGGGGAAUCCUGCAACCACCAAGUAUCGCCAACCUGGCGCGAAAAAAUUCUCAUGUACGACCCGAUCGUCCUGGAGGAGCUUACGGUCUGGUUAAAUACGGAAGGCUUCAAAGCAAUAGGCGAAGACCGCGAAGUAAGCCCGAUGGAUGUCCGGGUGUGGUGCGAACAAAACGGCGUGUGCUGCUAUGGAGUAACGGGAGGAUGGAGAGGUCGAGGUCGCAGACAUGAGGCUGAAUGAAGUAUUUUGCAUAAAUAGAGGGAAGAACUCCUUUGGAAUGCAAAAAAAAGAGGUUGGCAGGGAGUGCCUAGCAUAAUGUUAUGAAGACUGAACAAGUCACCCUGUAUUCUACGAAUCCCCAUAGCACACUGAUUCACGGGACUCAAUACAAAAGGGAUAAGUGAGCAUUGUCUGCGUCUGGUUACAAUUUCUCAGAACCAAU